AAAUGCGAGUUGAAAUUAGCCGAUUUUGGUCUUGCCCGUGCUUUUGGAAUUCCAGUACGAAGUUAUUCACAUGAGGUAGUAACGUUAUGGUAUCGUGCGCCUGAUGUUUUGAUGGGAUCAAGGCAGUAUUCUACUUCAAUUGAUGUGUGGUCCGCUGGAUGUAUAUUUGCAGAAAUGGCUUCUGGCAGACCGUUGUUUCCGGGAGUUCUCGGAACCCCAACAGAGGAAACAUGGCCAAGGGUUUCACAGUUGCCAGAAUACAAAGUACGUGCAAUUAACGCAAAAUGUAAAGGAUAUCGUAUACAAG